CUUAAACCUCCCCUCGCUGAUUCAAAAUAACCCAUCCUCACUAAUCUUUUAUUGCCUCUUCUACAUCUUCUUGUAGGAUACUCAUCACGACUAUCUACUGAACCUUUCUGUUCUCAAGACAAACCCCACGCGUACUUACAUUAUCCGUCUAUUUCCACCUCAAUACAUACUCACAAAAUGGAGAAAGCCAAGGCUGCUGUCAACGAUUUCAUCCACCGUAGUGGUCACCAUGAUACCACUGUCCACGAGCGGGUUGCCCCUGCUGUGACUCAGGAACACAUUGCUAAGAAGGAACACGAAGAGGCUACUACAGCCCUCGACCGCGAGGUUCACCAGGACCACUACCACACCUCGGUCCAGCCUGUACAGGACCGAGAGGUUCUGCCUGAGAAACACCAUCACAACAUCAUCCCAGUCGAGCACCGUUCUCAUGAACAUGACGAUAAGGAGAGGGUUAAGGCUCGCCUCGAGCAGGAGGCUGCUCAAUUCAAAGACACCCAGACAACUGGCGAGACGGAGCACACUCAUGGUCUUGCCCCUCAGGUGGCGGGCGAGCAUCACCACCACCACGUCCAUGAGGUUAUUCAACCUGUCGUCCAGAAGGAGACCAUCCAACCUUCAGUCGUGCACACUACCGUGCCAAUCCAUGAAGUGCACCACAAUGCCGCUAAGCACCACUCUGCCUCUACCUUGCCAGCUAUGAGCAUGGCCGACUUCAAGAAGCAUGGCGGUGCCUUGACUGGCCGCGAAGAGCGCUAUGACGCCUUUGAGGGCGAGCCUCGCCCCGUGAGCUCCUCCUUGAACGGCAACAAGACCACAGCCACUGAGGGUAUUACUGGCACCACUGGAACCAGCAGCACGACUGGUAGCACCGGUACUCACCAAACCGCUGGCCACCACAACCUUGGCUCCUCCACUACCGGUGGCUAUACUGGCAAUACCGGUACCACUGGCACUACCGGAACUACUGGUACGAUUGGUGAAAAUGUGCACCACCACGGCGCCACUGAGGCGACGGGUAACACUGGGCCGACUCGCACCGGAAAUGCUACCACGACCGAUAACACCGAACCAGUUGGCACUGGUAGCACCGUCGGCAGCACUCGCACUGGUGUUACGGGACCGCAAGACCCAGUAGCAAAGGGUGUUUCACAGAGCAGCAGUACUACCUCGCACACUGGCCAAUCUGGCGUUGGACCCCACGGCAACAGUCUGCUUAACAAGGUUGACCCUCGCGUCGACUCCGACCGUGAUGGUAAAAAGGGCCUGCUUGAUUAAAUUGGUCUUCAACCACCUUUUCUCUAGCAGUUUGCUCGCAAAAUGCAUCGUGGAGCAUUGCAGUGCCAAAUCACGCUGUCGUGAUGAUUGCAGGAGGGUGAUUGUUGCAGGUGAAAGCAGAUAAUUCGAUACUAAGUAACGAGUAACGAGACAUAGCCCGUUCUUCCUAUUGCAUUCUUCUAUUGUAUUAUUAGCUAUUAUUUUUUUUUGUUUUGCGAUUUUGCUAAGGGAUGGUCUUAUGGAUUAUGAAGGAAUCGUGAACUUCUCGUCCGAAAAAAGCUAGCAAUAUCAUUAAUAUCCACAAUUAUACACAUUCCAAUAGCUCACAA